AUGCCCGACGUCGAGGAUCCCGGCAAUCCGCCGCGCAAGAGCAAGGAGCACCAUCCGCCCGGCCAGCACGCCAAGCAAGUCCAUUUUGAGACGACCAACGGCGGCGGGAAGCAGCCGUAUCCUCCUCCGCCGCAGGCCUCCUCUGCGCCCAACAGCCCGGGGGCUACUCAGGCAGCAUCCCCCAGAAGAUCGCAACAGCAGACAUCGUCAAAAUCUGCUCCUGUCGACAACCAGCCCACGAGCUUCCCGCAAGUCGGCGCGCCGCCCGGCCAGUUUGGGCCCGGGCAGUGGUACACCAGCGCCGAUCCGCGCAUGAGUCUCAACCAGCCGCAGCAGUAUUACCAGCAGCAGCAGCCGCAGUACCAUUUGCCUCCAAACGGAGGAGGAGGAUACUGGCAGCAGCCUGGAGUGCCUGUGUUUGCAAACGGUGCGCCAGCUGGCGCUCACUUCUAUCCGACGGCUGUUCCUCCUCACUAUGCUGCCUUUAACAACAUCUGCCACCCGGUAUUUCUCACCCUUGUUCAUCAUUUUCACCAUCAUCACUUUCUGCCCCCUCGUGCUUCUGCCCCUUCUUCCUCUCCUCUUCCAGACUUGCAUCACCGCCUGCCCUACCAUCAUCGCCACCACAACACAUCUGCUUUCGUCGCUGGUACUGCUGCUGCUGCUGGCCGGGACAACAAAAUCAUGGCUUAUUACCAAAACGCCGGUCCACCGUCGACCGGCGUCAACUUUCAGCCGCCGGUGCCUGAUACCACCUUUGGCCCUAUUCCCCACGUCUACGUGCCUCGCUUUGACGCGGCGCCGGUGCCUCAAGUCGGUCCUCCCUCUUUGCAGUUUGUUUACGCUCCAGCAGAUCCUUGCCCUCCCUCGUUCACCGUCUUUAUGCCAAAGACGUUUUACAACGAAGGCUUCAACUACUAUGCAAGUGUCCUCUCAAGAGCACAGCCUGCCUACAGCGCCGUGCCUGUCGGCCAGCCUGGAUACGUCAUUGCUCAGCAGCCCGCUAUGCUCGCCCAGCCGAUGACCCCCGGGCAGCAGCCCGUCUACAUUGCCGGUCAAGCUCCGCCCGGCGUGAUGCAGGGGGCUCCGCAGCCGUUUAUGAGCUGUGGCGUCGGCAUCCCCGUCAUUGCAGGUAAUGGCAACCCCCCCGACGUGUCUGGUCUGGGGCGCACCCAGGGGGAGGAGACGCUGCGGCAGCUGCAGUUUGCGCACGCCAACAAGCUCUUUGAGCCUCAGGAGUUCAAGCCCGCAGACGACGACCCCUCGCGCUUUUAUUAUGUUCGUGAAGUUGACGGGAACUGGACCCAGCGCAACAGGUUUACUAUUGACCACAUGGGUGACUGCCGCUGCGCUCGCCGCGCUCUCAACCCCAAACCGAAGCCAGAACCCAAGCCCGCUGCGCCUGCUCCUCCGCCCCCGCAAGAUGUGAUUCGCGUCGAGGUGACAACCGACGAUGAGAGGAAAGAAGAUACGCUGAAAAUCACAUUUCCUCGAUCUGGAAAAGCAGUAGCCGCCUCCAAUGCAGCGGCAGCAGAAGAUGAAGAAGCCGGUGAAGCCGUCGUGAAGAAGGUUCGCUUCGAGAACGACAAAAAGAGCGCCAAGAAAUCAGCAAUGAAGCAGCCCAAGAGCGACGACUCGGACAGCUCGGCCACGCUGGCUGAAAGCUCCUCCGACGGCGAGUCCUCGUCCGACGCUUCUUCAUCCGACGCCAAGACGAAAGACGACGACGCCAAGGGCAAGAGCGAGAGCGAGAGCGACGGUGAACCGCACCCGACGUGCAAGUGCUCGCGGUGCGUCAAGAGGCGGCGCAAGGAGAAGAAGGGCACCAAGGCAAAGGACGAAUCGGCAGAGGACAGCAGCGAUGCGUCGGAGGACUCUGCCUCGGCGUCGGAGGAUGAAAAGCCGGCUAAGCAGAAGGAAGCCAAGAAGAAGACGGAUACGAAGCAGAAACAGCAGCAGAAGGAGGAGGGGAAGAAGAAGAAGAAGACAAAGGGCAAGAAGAAGGACAGUUCUGAUGCCGACGACGAGGCCUCCGAGUCGGGUAAGGAGACGACCGAUGAGGAAGUGCCAGCAAAAAAGCCAGCCUCCGAGACGAAAGCGGAUAAGAAGAAAGCCGCCGCGGCCGCUGAAGCAAACAAGGAACAGGAAAAAGAGGCUAAAGGAAAAGCCGCCGCUCAGCACCAUCACAAGUCAUCCCCAUCCGCGUCCGCGUUUGCGUCCUCGCCAUACUACCCCUCCGCCUUUCCCGGCCCUCACGCGCGGCGGCCCAACCUCAUCGCCCCAAUCCGCGCGCAGGUCGUGCAGACCGAGGACGUCGUCGAGACGCCCGACGACCCGCCGCCGAAUGCCUUUUACGACGCCGCCGCCAACGUCAUGCGCGUCUACUACGGACCCGUGUACGGCAACCAUAAUCCGCAGGCGGCGGCGGCCAGGGGCUGGUCCCUGUAUCCGCGGCGCGAGGCGAGUGGACGGCCGCUACCGAUCGGCAUGCCGCAUCCGACGCAGAAUCCCUACUAUUACGGGUUCCAGCAGCAGCAGCAUCAGCCAGCGUCCGGGGAGCAGCCGCGACACCCGUGGGCGGGGCUGUAUGCGCCGCCGCCGCAGCAGCCGCAGCCACCGGGGUUCCCGCCGUUUGUAAUGAAUCCCAUGUAUCAGCAGCAGGCACAGGAUGCUACCGCAGCAGGUGCUGGCGGGGGGCAGUUUACAAAAGGCGCGUUUAGCAAGUGCAGUCCCGCUGCGGGCAUGACGCCGAGUGUAAGCCACGCGGACGACAAGACUGGCGGAAACAAUGUGCUUCCCACAAGCAAGAUUGACGAUAAGAAAACUACGAGCCCGUACUACACUCCGAGCAAAACCGCCGCCGAGCUCCGCAGCGCCGCCAACAGCCACCGCAACAGCCCUGCCAAGUCCGCGUCGGCGGUAGCGGCGGCACCAAACACGACCGACGUCAAUGAAUCUGGCAGGGAUAGCAAUAAUAACAAUAACAACAAUAACAACAACAGCAGCAGCACGCCCGCAGCAGAUGCCACAAUGUGGAACGACGGUGCGGCUAAUAACAAUAAUGACUGGAACACGACCGCCACCAACGACGCCAAUGCGGGCACCACGACCAACACCUGGGAAGCUACCAACAACAAUGACCCCAGCAAUGCUGGAGGCGGCAAUAGUUGGGAUUACAACAACAACAACAACAACAGCAAUAAUAAUAAUACUAGCGGCAAUACGUGGGACAACCCCCCUGGUAGCGAGCCGCCGGCGGGAGAUGCCACCAACGUAACGCCAGGUAUACCCGGAUCGUGGGAUCCCGUAGACCCCGUAGGUCCGAGGCCUGCAUGGUGCGAUCCGAGCAUGGCACAGAGCACCGGUGGCGCUGCAGAAAACUGGUAA